CCGGAGUGUGAGCGCGGACUGAUCCGGGCUCCGUGGUGCGUUUGAGACCGGUGUCGGAGUCUGAGAGGGAUUCCCUGAGGAGAAAGGCCACUGAGAUCCAAGCUGAUGUGACACAGUGUCUGCUGGGAGAACGCUGACUCAUCAAAUCCCAAACCCUCUGGAGCGACUCAACGUUUUCAAGACAGAAGAGGACGCUCUGACAGAAAUAUCUCCCAGAAGGCCUCUCUCCUGCUGCUCCAGCUGAUGCCAGAGCUCAGAAUGGCACCUCAGAGCUUCAGCUGAGCCCCAUCCCCUCCGUCACCCCUUGAACCCUCCCACAUUCAAAGGCUUCAACACUCCCUCCGUCCUCCAUCACUUACACAAAGUUUGGGGGAGCCUCACCUUUGGCCUUGCCCUCAGUACACCCCCCUCCCCUCCCCCAGCCCCCCCCCCCCCCCCUCCCUGCAGACCAUGAUGUUUCGUGAUCAGGUGGGCGUGUUAGCCAGUUGGUUCAAGGGCUGGAAUGAGUGUGAGCAGACAGUGGCUCUGCUGUCUCUGCUGAAGAGGGUGAGCCGGACCCAGGCCCGGUUCCUGCAGCUCUGUCUGGAACACUCCCUGUCGGACUGCACCGAGCUGCACGUCCUGGAAGGAGAGGCCAACAAUCCAGGCGUGAUCAGCCAAUGGCAGACUGAGCCUAAGGAGCGUGUCAUCUCCCUGGUGCUCACCCACCUGCCGCUGCUCAAACCCGGUAACGUGGAGGCCAAAGGGGAGUACAUGCGUCUGCUGCCUCGCAUCCUGGCCCACACCAUCGAGCACGGCCACUACCUGGAGGAGUCUCGCCAGCUGCUGUCCUACGCUCUCAUCCACCCGGCCACGUCUCUGGAGGACCGGGCCGCCCUGGCGCUGUGGCUCAACCACCUGGAGGAGAGGGCUGCCGCCCGGGGGGACUCCCUGGAGCGGCCCCCGCCUGCCGGGCCCCACCACCACGCCCACCACCAGUCCACGCCUCCGUCCACCCUCAACUCCUCGGGCUCGUCGUCGUCGUCCUCCUCCACCAACACCUCGUCGUCGGGGAACCUGUACUCCCUGCACCACCACCAGCGCUACGGCUCCGACGACCGGCUCAACGGCUGGCAGAGCUCCAGGGACUCGGGCCUAGGCGGAGGCUGGCAUCAGCAGCACCAGGGCUGUGAGAAUGGACACCUGCUCCUUUACCCAUCAUCCUCUGUGCCAGCGACCAUCAACACAGUGGGAACCGGUGGAGGCGGAAACGCCAUUCUGUCCAGUGGCGGCGGCGGCGGCCAACAGCACAGCCCCCUGAAACGCUCUGUAUCCCUGACUCCGCCCAUGAGCGGCCCCAGUAACCAGCCUUUGGGCCACGUCUGGCUGUCCCAGGAGGACCUCCGGACGGCCCGAGGCCCUGCCCCUGACCACGCCCCCCUGUCCCCCCAGAGCAGCAUCGCCUCCUCAGGCAGCGGAGGCAGUGAGCAUCUGGAUGAGGCAGGGCUGGGAGGAGGCUCCGCCCUCCAUCGCAGCUCCUUCCAUGAGGAGGGCAGCGGCAUGAGAGAUGUUCCUGCCUGGUUGAAGAGUCUCCGCCUCCAUAAAUACGCUGCUCUGUUUUCCACCAUGACGUAUGAUGAGAUGCUGUCACUGACAGAGGAGCAGCUCGAGGCUCAGAAGGUCACCAAAGGAGCCAGACACAAGAUCGUCAUCAGCAUCCAGAAGCUCAAGGACAGACAGAACCUCCUUCGCAGCCUGGAGAAGGAUGUCUUGGAGGGCGGUAACCUCCGCGGUCCGCUGCAGGAGCUCCACCAGAUGAUCAUGACGCCUAUCAAGGCUUUCAGUGGUGGGGAGGAGGCACCGCAGCGCCCCCUGCUGAGCCACGGAGGCAAGAGCGCCGCACCCGGGUCACAUCUGAGCGGUGGCAGCGGGGGAGGAGGGGAGGCGGAGUCUGGCUCCAGCGUCAUCGCGGAGGGGGAUCUGCCUGGACAGUUCACAAGGGUCAUGGGUAAAGUUUGUACGCAGCUACUGGUGUCAAGAUCAGAUGAGGAGAACAUCAGCUUCUACCUACAGCUCAUCGACAAGUGCCUUAUCCACGAGUCCUUCACUGAGACGCAGAAGAAGAGGCUGUUGUCAUGGAAACAACAGGUGCAGAGACUGUUCCGGUCCAUUCCAAGGAAAACCCUCCUUGACAUUGCAGGAUACCGGCCGCAGAGGAGCCGGGGGUUUGGCCAGUCCAACUCCCUCCCCACCGCCUCCUGCGUGGGCAGCGGUGUGUCGGCCAGGAGGAGCCUCCGUCAGUUCCAGAUGCCCUCCAGGAGCCUCCCAGGGGCCCGGCUGCUGGGCAGCGGGGGGCUCCUGGGACCGACGCCCCGGAGCUCCAGCAGCACCCCCACUGGACCCAAACAGGGCCGACAGGGUCUGUGGUUCGCCAACCCUGGGGGCAGUAACAGUAUGCCCAGUCGGAGCCACAGCUCGGUGCAGAGAACCCGUUCACUGCCGGUUCACACCACGCCGCAGACCAUGGUCAUGUUCCAACAGGCCGAUCUUCAGCUACCAGCGACAGAGCCAGACAUCAACAACCGCCUGGAGUCUCUGUGUCUGAGUAUGACCGAACACGCCUUAGGAGACGGAGCUGAUCGAACAUCUACAAUAUGAGCUGAGGACCUGAAGGAGGCAGCAGGACGUCGCAGGUUCACCACAUGUCACCCCGAGGUCACCCGCAGCAGUCCCGCCCCCUCACCCUGCCUGCAGCCAAUGGGAGAGCUCAACCAAAGGAGACUGGGCAGGAUCCACCAAUCACAGAGAGAGAGAGAGAGAGAGCCCAUCACCUGGCGGCCGGCGGCUCGCCCACACCAGCCACCACGAACACAUAGAAUCGACGCCUGGACGAUGUGUGAACAGCGCCGCCCAGAGGCCAGAGGAGGCACCACGGCGGACAGGAGGCACCGAGGCCACCGCCACCGUUUUCAGAUUCAUCACAGUACCUCAGACCCAGAACCAGGAGGACAGCGGAUCGCAGAAGGACCGGGAUGACUGGUUUUAGCGCUGGGAGGCAGUGGAAGUCAUUUAUUCAUAUCGUUUGUAUUUAUUGUUUACAUUCUGAUGCUACUUUCUAAGGGUACAGACACGGUAUGAACGGAAACCUACCAUUUGGCUUUAUGACCCACGAGUAGCCAUCAUCACACUAGUUUACAACCAAUAUGCUUAUCAUUGUGGUUUUUUUUUUACUUUAUCAGCUGACGGAAGGAGAGAAAAAGCGAGAGCAGGUGUAAAGAACGGAGGAAAGAACCAAGUAACGCAGAAAGACAGAGGAAGUAGAAUGAGAAGGAGUUGACCGAAGGUUUGAUGGUGAUGAUGGAAAAGGGAAGCGCAAGUAUCAGAGGAAGACGCCAGAGGCCGGACCUCUGGAUGGCGCCGAGUCGACACGUGAGCGAACGGGACAGGAAGUGAUGUUUAGGCUGAGCUGCACCAGUGAGGAUUCAUGAGGUUUACACUCACAUAGUGUAGAAGAAGAA